UAACCACGGUUCCCUUCUGGCAUUCCUGACUGGAGAACCAAGGACAAUUCUGGAACUGUUGCUUUCAGGGACAAAGUUUUCUCACAGUUAACCUUUUAAGUUUAUUUUGAAGAUUCCAAGGUCUGGGAAACACGUGACCCGUGCUUUCUUUACAUAAAUAGCAAGCCACGCUUUGGUUUUUCAGCAGUCUUUGGACUUCAGCAUGAGUGCGUCUCGGUGGCUGGCUUGUGCUGCGUUUUCUGUCUUCUGUGUCUUAAAAAUCAGCUCUCUGGACACUUUUGUUGCAGCUGUUUACGAGCAUGCCGUGAUCCUGCCUAGUAACACCCUCUCACCCGUGUCUCCCAGUGAGGCACUGGCAUUAAUGAAUCAGAAUCUGGAUCUUCUGGAAGAAGCGAUCGUAUCAGCAGCAAAGCAGGGUGCACACAUUAUUGUGACUCCAGAAGAUGGUAUAUACGGUAUGCGUUUCACCAGGGAUACUAUCUACCCAUACUUGGAGGAUAUCCCAGACCCUCAAGUGAACUGGAUCCCCUGUGAUAAUGCAAACAGAUUUGGCUACACCCCGGUACAGGAAAGACUCAGCUGCUUGGCCAAGAACAAUUCCAUCUAUGUCGUGGCCAACAUGGGAGACAAGAAGCCGUGCAAUGCUAGCGACCCUCAGUGUCCUCCUGACGGCCGUUUCCAGUACAACACCGACGUGGUGUUCGAUUCCCUGGGCAAACUGGUUGCACGAUACCAUAAGCAAAACCUUUUCAUGGGUGAAGAACAAUUCAAUGCACCCGUGGAGCCUGAGUUUGUGACUUUCAACACCCCUUUUGGAAAGUUUGGCAUCUUCACAUGCUUCGAUAUACUCUUCCAUGAUCCUGCUAUCACCCUGGUGACAAAGUACCAGGUGGACACUAUACUGUUCCCAACGGCCUGGAUGGAUGUUCUGCCGCAUCUGGCAGCCAUUGAAUUCCACUCAGCUUGGGCUAUGGGAAUGGGGGUCAAUUUCCUUGCAGCCAAUAUACAUCAUCCCUCAAGGAGAAUGACAGGAAGUGGCAUCUACGCCCCAGAUUCUCCAAGGGCCUUUCACUACGACAGGAAGACUGAGGAGGGAAAACUCCUUCUCUCACAGCUGGAUUCCCACCCACGUCACUCUGCGGUGAACUGGACUUCUUAUGCCAGCAGUAUAGAAGCACCUUCAACAGGAAACCAGGAAUUUCAGAGCAUUGCUUUCUUUGAUGAGUUUACCUUUGUGGAGCUCAAAGGAAUCACAGGAAAUUACACUGUUUGCCAGAACAAUCUCUGCUGUCAUCUAAGCUACCAGAUGUCUGAGAAGCGAGCUGAUGAAAUUUACGCCCUUGGGGCAUUUGAUGGGUUGCACACCGUGGAAGGGGAGUAUUAUCUGCAGAUUUGUACUCUGCUAAAAUGUAAAACCACCAAUUUACGCACCUGUGGUAGUUCAGUGGACACGGCUUCCACCAGGUUUGAAAUGUUCUCUCUCAGUGGCACCUUUGGAACCCAGUAUGUCUUCCCAGAGGUGUUGCUGAGUGAAGUCAAGCUUGCUCCUGGGGAGUUUCAGGUGUCAAGUGAUGGGCGUUUGUUUAGCCUGAAGCCGACAUCUGGACCUGUGUUGACAGUCACUUUGUUUGGGAGGUUGUACGAGAAGGACUGGACUUCGAAUGCUUCCUCAGACCUCAUAACACACUCGCUGAUGAUAAUAAUGCUGAUUGUAACACCUAUUAUACAUUACUUAUGUUAACAGAAUCUUUACAUUUUCUAUUUUAUUUGGAAUAAUUUAAAAUUGGUGGAUGAAGAAAAGAUCUGUUUGCCAACGAUGGCCUCUGGUAUAAGUAAAUCAAGUGCCUUUUUCUUUAGAGAGGUAUGUGCACCCCAGAUACAUUGCAGGAAAAUUAAUAGAACUUUGGACAUUGGUCUGUCUUGGAACUCAGCUGUUGGAUCAAGUGAGUCACACGUGUUUUAUUCAGAAGUCAUAAAAAUUACAGUUAAAAGGCAUGUCAAAAUAUCAAAACAUAUAUUUACAAUAGGUUUGAAUCUAUUGCCACCUCAUUAUGACAGACACCUUAUUCAGUUAAGCUUAAGAUUUCCAGUGAGUUUGUUCAUUUGUGCUGCUAAGUAUUUAUCUAAACAAUACAUUUCCAUUCUCUUAUGGGCCAAA